CCGCGCGAGGACGAGGCGCUGACGUGGCCGGAAGUGGAGGCGCUGAGCAGCGCGGAGACACGUCGAGAGGCGCAGUCACCCCGGGUCCGUGAACAUGCUGAAGGCCGUGAUCCUCAUCGGGGGGCCGCAGAAAGGGACUCGCUUCCGGCCCUUGUCCUUCGAAGUCCCGAAGCCGCUGUUCCCAGUGGCCGGGGUGCCCAUGAUCCAGCACCACAUCGAGGCCUGCACCAAGGUUCCAAGCAUGAAGGAGAUUCUCCUUGUGGGCUUCUACCAGCCCAAUGAAGCCCUGAGCCGCUUCCUGGUGUCUGCACAGCAGGAGUUUAAAAUCCCCAUCAGGUACCUGCAGGAGUACGCGGCGCUGGGCACGGGCGGCGGCAUCUACCACUUCCGGGACCAGAUCCUGUCAGGCAGCCCCGAGGCCUUCUUCGUCCUCAACGCGGACGUGUGCUCGGCGUUCCCCCUGCCGGAGAUGCUGGCCUUCCAGCAGCAGCGUGGAGACCCGCACAGCUUCGUCAUGCUGGGCACCACGGCCAACAGGAAGCAGUCCCUGAACUACGGCUGCAUCGUGGCCAACACGGAGACGUGUGAGGUCCUGCACUACGUGGAGAAACCCAGCACCUUCGUCAGCGAGAUCAUCAACUGCGGCAUCUACCUGUUCACGCCGGCCAUCUUCCAGCACAUCGGCGAGGUCUUCCAGAGGACCCAGCAGGAGCUUCUCCUGGGCACUUGCCUUGGGGAGGAGAGCCCCAACGGCUGGCAGCGCGCCGAGGUCAUCCGGCUGGAGCAGGACGUCUUCACGGCGCUGGCCGGGCGCGGCAAACUCUACGUCUACAAAACCGACGGCUUCUGGAGCCAGAUCAAAUCGGCCGGCUCUGCCAUCUACGCCAGCCGCCUCUACCUGAGCCAGUACAGCCAGUGCCACCCAGAGAGACUGGCCCCAAACAGCCCCGGGGGGCCCACCAUCCGAGGGAAUGUGUAUAUCCACCCGACGGCGUCCAUCGACCGCAGCGCCGUGCUGGGCCCCAAUGUCUCCAUCGGGAAGGGGGUGACGGUGGGAGCCGGCGUGCGUGUGCGUGAGUCCAUCAUCCUGCACGGGGCGUCGCUGCAGGAUCACACCUGUGUGCUCAACAGCAUCCGGCCCCUGACAGCCCAUCGGCCCAUCACCAUCCUGGGCUGUAACGUCACCAUCCCCGCGGAGGUCGUGAUCCUCAACUCCAUCGUCCUGCCCCACAAGGAGCUGAGCCGCAGCUUCAAGAACCAGAUCAUCCUGUGAGGGGCCGGACGGGCCCGGCCGGGAGCUGGGGACCGACUGGGCCUGGCGGGACGGGCCCGGCUGCAGCGCAGGUGCCUGACCCCAGCCCGUGCGUGGCUCAGUUCCCCCUGCAGGCCGGGCCCUGGGCCGCUCCAGCCACUCCCUAGACAGACACUAAAUCUGAACGAGGCCCUGCGUCAGCCCCUGCCUGGCUCGGCCCAGCCCAGAAACCACCUCCCUGGGGUGUCACAGCCCAGCCGAGCCCCGUGGGCCCAGGCCAGGCGUCUGGCUGGGUUUGCCCUGCCCCAUGAGCCCCCCGGGCCAGGCGCUGGGAGGGGGUUGUCGCGUCUGCACCGUCCUUGACCUGCCCCUGCAGCGUUAAAGUGUGAAGUCUCGUGGGGGCUGGGAUGGCUGCAGGGGCCAGCAAACAGCAUCUGGCUGCGAGACCUUCCCCAAGCAGGAGGGGAAGGAAUCCGGCCCACGGCGAGUCCCGCUCAGCGUCCGCACACGGAAUCGCAGCAGAAAUGGAACAGGCCCUUGUGGGGUUAAAACACCAGGCUGGCAGGCGGCCCCUGGGCUGGGAAUGGGGGGGAACCUGGGUCAGGAGAGCAGGUCAGGCCCUUGGGGGUGGGGAGAGGGGUGCUGCCCCACGGCCCAUAGACCCACAUGGGAAGGCAGCUCCCUAACCCCGCCCCACGCUGUGCAGUGAGAGACAGAGCGAAGCCUGGCACGUGGGGCCCACAGGGCAGCCAGAGACCCUGUGUGACGCAGUAGGGAGCGGGGGGAUGGGAGAGCAGGGGGUGACUUCACUUGGGGGACGAUACCUGAGCCUGUAACUCAGGGGUCGGCACCCUAUGGCCCAGGGGCCGAAGGCGGCACGCGAGCUGAUUUUCAGUGGCACUCACACUGCCCGGGUCCUGGCCACCGGUCUGGGGGACUCUGUAUUUUAAUUUAAUUUUAAAUGAAGCUUCUUAAACAUUU